CGUCGACUCCAUUCAAGGACGUGAAAAAGACGUCGUCAUCUUACUGACAACUCGUACGGAUAUGACAGCCACCUCUGCCGAAUUCCUGGACGAGUACAAGCGAUUGAACGUUGCUCUGACCCGGUCCCGCCACGGUUUGUUAGUCCUGGGGCAUACCGAGUCCCUUUGGAAAGUUAGGUCCUGGACCACCAUCCUUCGUUGGGCUGACGAGCGCCAUGCGAUCAUCCCUGCCACGGAUCUCGGUCAGUACCUUCCAGUCGAAUGAUCUCAAGCAGCUAUUCUGGGCGUGACGACGACGGUCAAGCGAGACUCUCGGGGAGUUGCUCCGAUGCCACGACACCGAGUGGCCGCUCAUCACUCCUCAUCUCCAUCCUCUUUGGGCCGCCGCCGUACCAUCAGUGAUACACCUGAUCUCUUCCUCACGAUUUGCCUCAUUGUUUACGUGUUUAUCUCUAUGCCAAUGGUGCUCAUAUAUGUUCGGUGCUACUUAUUCC